AUGCCGCUCAGCGAGCGGCGCUUCCACGAGCUUUACCGCCAGAGCCUCAAACAAGAGACCACGGCCUGGCUCAGAAACAAGGUCGCCGAGGCCAAGGCCGGCGGCUUGAGCGGCAACAAAGACGCGCUGAUCAAAAAGCUGAUCGAGUGGUCCGCCGACUCGCUUGAAUCCAGGACAGAGGCGCUGAGGAGCAGCAACCUGGACGGUGUGGUUUGGCCCGCUCCCGCCUUCCACGACGAGGACGGAGACGGGAAGAUGCUCUACGGCUCGAUCGCGUACAGCAGCGGUGUUGGCGAGACCUCUUACUUCACCUUCGAUUCGGUUGACGAGUUCUCGGACGAGGAGAGCGAGGGGGAGGAGUUUUACUCCGAGUCGCUGGCGCGCACCUCAUGCGUCGGAGAGCCACUCCCCACCCCUCUUCACACUGCCUCACCUCGGACGUGUUCCGCUGGACACGCGCGCGACUCGACGUGUUCCCGCUGUGACACACACAUGCGCCUCUUUCUCGCCGCCGCCGCGGGUGCGGCCGCGACGCUCGCGGUGCAGAUGGUUUUGAAAAUCGUCAAGCGCAAGCAACUGGCAGCCGCGGCCGCGGGCGGCAUUGUCGCCUCCGGCGCGAGCGAUCCGGGGCUCAAAGACGUGCUCGGCCACACUGCGUCGGAGCUGGCCAAGGUUGGGCAGUCGGAGAUGGCAAACCUGGUUGAUGUGCAGAACACAGGGAUAGUGCCCACGUACUAUGCGGACCACCCCGCCACGAAAAUGCUCGUCUCCAUCUCCACCGGUUGGCCCGACCUGUCGAAGACGGCGAGUGGCGUGCCCACGCCGCGCAACUUUGUGCUCAUCGUCGAGGACAUGCAGGUGGAGUACACGCAGUACGUAGACUACGUGCUUCCGAACGCGGAGAAGCUGGUCACGCUCUUCCGCGAGCUCGGGCUGCCCAUCGUGUGGACCAAUUGGUCGCGUACGGCCGAUGACGGCUGCUAUGGCGCCCUCGACCGCUUCUACGGCCCGCGCGGCGUCGGGGAAAAGGUCAAUCCGUGCUACCUGCACAUGGAAGGCGGGAACACGACGGUGCCUUCGCUGGCGCCGGUGAACGAUGACGAGCGCUCUCGCAUGAUCAAGUCGAUGCACCUCGACAAGUUCAGCGACCUCGACGCGAAUGGUCGAGAGAUCCUCUAUCCGAUGCUCAAAGCGUGGGGCGUCGAUACGAUCGUCCUCAUGGGCGCGUGGACGGACGAUUGCAUCGCGGCGACGACCUUCCGCGCGGCGGACGCGCUCGGCUUCGACGUCGUCCUCGUGACCGACGCCCUCGCCACAGCCACCAUCCACGGCCACAAGAUGGUCGAAUGCCUCUCCGCCGCCGUGUGCACACCGAAGAAGGCCGACGAGGUCGUCGCGCACAUCAAGGCGCACCCAGGGCUGGUCAAGAGGCCGGAGGCGCCGCUCGUCGGCAGCGUCUACCUCAGCGAUGUGCCGCUCGUUGCCACGCGCUGCUGA